AGAUCGUUGAAGUUAUCACAGUAAUGAACCAGGAAAAAACGGAGACCACGGAAAAGUAUUUGCAACGCAUCAGUGACUUGGAGAAACAGUUAGAGGAGCUACUAGGACUGGUGGAAGGCAAAACCAGUGAGAACGAGGCCCUUGUUGUACAAAUUAUGGUCCUCAAGGCAACAGAGACCUCGUUGACCAAACAAAUAGAAUCUGUAAAGCACCAGCAUGAUGAAACAGCAAAAGAUUUCAAGAAGGAGCUGGAGAAAAAAGUUCGGGAGCUUGAGUUGGAGACAACCAGAUGUAAUAGACAAGCUGAACGGAUAGACAGUCUGAUUCUGGAGAUCUCAGAGUAUGAGGCCAACGUGACUCAUUUCAAGAAAGUGAAUCAACAGAAGCAUGCAGAGCUGGAGCAGAAACUCCUACGCAUCACUCAACAGCUGCAGGACACCAUUGCACAGCUGAAGAUUGUAGAAGGGGAGAAGGCCGAACAGGUCCUGAAAGUGAUUGAAAUCCAGACUGAAAUGGUCACCAUAGUGAACAAAGGAAUCACAGAGAAAGAGUCUCUGCAAGCUGAAAUAGAAGCUCUCAAAAGACGUGUUCAGACCUGCUCAGAGGAGAAAGCAACAUUGACAGUGGACAUCAAAGAGAUGAAAAUUAAUGAGAGGAAAAUAAUGGAGCAGUGCAGUCUUCUCAAUGACACAUACUGGGAGACGCAGAGAGAGUUUGAUGCAAUUAUAACAAAAGUUGAUGAGAACUCAAGACUAGUUCUGAGAAUGAAUCUGUUAAUUUCGGAAAUUGAGAAACUACAAAGGGACUUGCCUGGAAAGACAGGGGAUUCAAGAGAGCUGGAAUAUGAGCUGGAGAGCAAAAUAGAAGAACUGGAGAAACUGGAGAAACAGCUGGGUCUUAGAAACAGAAUGGACUCCAAAAAGAUAACUACUAUAAUGACAACGAUAAUCAACAAUGGAAAGAUAGCCAUGGCACAGACCAAUGAGCAAUAUUUGGCACAGAUUGAUGCCUUAGAGAAAGAGCUGGAUGAAAUGAUUUCAAUGGUGAAGGGAGAGGAAGCUGAAAAAAUAAAACUGAUGAUGAAGGUACUAGCCCUUGAAAGUGAUAUCGCCUCAUUGGAGCGCAGAAUAGAGAAAACUAAACAGGAGGCCACCUAUAAAAUCAAAGAGAUCGAGAGACAACUUCUACAGAAGUACAUGGAGAUCAAUGCGCUGAAAGUACAAGAUAAAACACACAGUGCGAAAAUUGAAGAAUUGGAGGCUGAAGCCAGAAAACUGGAGUUGGAUUUAUCAAAGGCCAAACAGACUGCAAAUGACCAACUCGAAGAACUGGAGAGACGGCUAGAACUGAAGAAAGAAGAACUGCAACGCCAAAGUGACAAAAUGGUUGGCCUAGACAAAGAAAACGGUGAACUAGUACUGAAGCUGAUCAUUAUGGAAAAUAAAAUGAAGGAUGUGAUACUAAACAUUGAAACCUUGGAAAAUACAUCAGCCGGGAAAAUUAAAGACCUGAAAGAAAAGAUUCAAGUCAUGACAGUGGAAAAUGACGAACUGAAAAUCAGAAUAACAGAUCUGGAGAAAAGCAAACAGGAAGUGAUUGACAGCUGUACCACAGUUAAAGAGCAAUACACAGACCUGCAGAUAAAAGUGGAAGAAGACCUGAAAAAGAUGCAGGACAUUCCAGGCCUAAUUUUGAAGAUCACCAAUUUGAAUAGGGAAAUUGACGCUCUGAACAAGGCCAUAGCAAGCAAGACUGGAGAUGAGACUGAACUGAAGAAGGAGUUGGAGCAGAAAUUGAAAGAACUGGCCCAGAUAGAAGGAGCACUUGGAGGAAAGAGUCCAGCAGCUAAACAAAUCAUAGAAGUGAUUGCUAUAUUAAGGCAAAAGGGAAAUGUGAUCGCUGACAACACGGAGGAGUAUUUAGCACGCAUCACUGAACUGGAAAAUGAGCUUGAUGAGAAGAUAGAUGCCUUGCAGGACAAAGAAGGAGAGAGAAUCAAAGCUGUGCUCAAGAUGCUGGAACAUGAGGAUGAAAUCAGCCAGUUGAAGAACGUGUUGGCCAAAGCCAAAGCGGAUGCUGCACAAAAGAUUGCUGCAAUAGAAACUAAACUGAACCACAAGCGCAUAGAGAUUGACCGUUUGAAGGCUGAAGACUGUGGCAAAGGCCAGAAAGUACAACAGAUUCAAGCUUUGGAAAAAGAGGCAGCAGCUUUAGAAAUAAAGCUAACAACACUCAAACAGUCCUCACAGAAAGAAAUUGAUGACUUGAGUAAACGCCUUGAGCAGAGCGAGAAGGAGAAAGCAGACAGCGCUAAGCAACUGAUGAGUUUAGACAAAGAGAAGGCAGAUCUGAUUUUGAAGAACAUUGAGAUGCAGAAUAAAAUAGCUGCUCUCCUGGAUACCGAGAAAGACAUAAAGCAGACGGCAGCAGAUGAAAUCGCUGAUCUCAAGAAAGCACUUCAAUUGAAACAACAAGAGACUGAUGACCUGAAAGCUGAAAAUGAUGUGCUUAAAACAAGCAAACAGGAAGUGAUUGACAGCUGUACCACAGUUAAAGAGCAAUACACAGACCUGCAGAUAAAAGUGGAAGAAGACCUGAAAAAGAUGCAGGACAUUCCAGGCCUAAUUUUGAAGAUCACCAAUUUGAAUAGGGAAAUUCACGCUCUGAACAAAGCCAUAGCAAGCAAGACUGGAGAUGAGACUGAACUGAAGAAGGAGUUGGAGCAGAAAUUGAAAGAACUGGCCCAGAUAGAAGGAGCACUUGGAGGAAAGAGUCCAGCAGCUAAACAAAUCAUAGAAGUGAUUGCUAUAUUAAGGCAAAAGGGAAAUGUGAUCGCUGACAACACGGAGGAGUAUUUAGCACGCAUCACUGAACUGGAAAAUGAGCUUGAUGAGAAGAUAGAUGCCUUGCAGGACAAAGAAGGAGAGAGAAUCAAAGCUGUGCUCAAGAUGCUGGAACAUGAGGAUGAAAUCAGCCAGUUGAAGAACGUGUUGGCCAAAGCCAAAGCGGAUGCUGCACAAAAGAUUGCUGUAAUAGAAACUAAACUGAACCAGAAGCACAUAGAGAUUGACCGUUUGAAGGCUGAAGACUGUGGCAAAGGCCAGAAAGUACAACAGAUUCAAGCUUUGGAAAAAGAGGCAGCAGCUUUGGAAAUAAAACUAACAAACCUCAAACAGUCCUCACAGAAAGAAAUUGAUGACUUGAGUAAACGCCUUGAGCGGAGCGAGAAGGAGAAAGCAGACAGCGCUAAGCAACUGAUGAGCUUAGACAAAGAGAAAGCAGAUCUGAUUUUGAAAAACAUUGAGAUGCAGAAUAAAAUUGCUGCUCUCCUGGAUACAGAGAAAGGCAUAAAGCAGACGGCAGCAGAUGAAAUUGCUGAUCUCAAGAAAGAAAAUGCUAAACUCAAGGCAGAAAAUCAUGAGCUGAGAGCUAGUGUGACACAAGCCAAAGCCUGUGCUCACCUGGAAGAGCAGAAUGAAGUUCUCAAGAAUGAAAUUGCUAAAUUCAAGGCCGAAAAUGACGCACUGAGGAAUGAGUUGAAUGCAAAGGAUGGAGCCCUUAACACACUGCAGACCGAGAAAGACAAAGCUGUAGAUGACCUCAAGAAAAGAAAUAAUGAACUCAAAACCCAACAAGGGAAAACCAAAGCUUUAGAGGAAGAGAAAAAACAACUGGAAGCAUCAUUAAGGAAAAUGGAGGCUGAAAAUGAAGAGCAAAAAAGAAAAAUUGAAGAAUUCGAGAGCGCAAAAAAAGAAAAGGCUGUGCAAAUCUAUCAACCAGCCAUAGAUCCUGCCUCAGCACACCCAAAACUACAACUGGCAAAUCACAACACAGAAAUGAGACUGCUUCAGAAUCCUCAGAGCGUACCCAACCUCCCACAACGAUUUAACCAUGUGACGGGCACCUUGGCUAGCACUGGGUUUCAGGAAGGCCGACCGUACUGGGAGGUCGGAGUGGAUGGAAAACGUUGUUAUGUAUUGGGUGUGGCUAGCGAAACGGCGAUGAAGAAAGGAAGAAUAUCAUUUACCCCCAAAAAUAAGUACUGGACCCUGACCUUGCAGCGGUCUGAUGUCCUCAAUGCAAAUGACAGGCGAAGGAUUCAACUGAGGGGGGAGGGGGUUGAUAAACCAGCAAAGAUAGGGGUGAUGAUUGAUUUCAACAAAGAGGAGAUCUCGUUCUAUGAUGUAGACCAGAGAGCUCACAUGUACACCUUCAAGGAUGUUGGCACUCAGGCAAUUAAGUCAUCUAAUCCAGCUAAGCUUUUCCCGUUCAUAAGCACUUGUGAGGACACUGAUGUGGGUUCUCCCCCGAUGGUGUUCAGGGCUGUGACCUCUGCAAAAUGGCUAGAAUCCUAACAUAUUCUUGUUAACUUAGACCGCUGCUUGUA